AUGGCAACGAGAGGACCGCCAAAGCGCAAAAAAAAGGCCGAUACCGACGAUAAUGCUUCAGACUUAUCCGAGAAUUUCGGAAACAUUAUAGCCCAACUGAAAUCAAUAGAUGAUGAACCAUGUGGACCACCGUUGAGUUUACCUGCUAAUGUCACUCCAGAACAACUCCAAUUGCUAGUGAAUCAGCUUUUAAAUAAUGAAGAAUCUUUGCCAUAUGCGUUCUCAGUGGAUGAGACGGAAAUCAUCACAUCUCUUCACAAGGACAUUGUUGUCGGUUUAAACAAAUCUACGGAAGAUGUACUGACAAUAGUCUAUAGACCCCAAGCGAUAUUUAGAGUAAGGGCAGUUACAAGAUGCACAUCAACGCUGGCUGGACACACAGAGGCAAUUCUAUCUGUUUCGUUUAGCCCCGAUGGCACACAACUUGCAACCGGUUCAGGAGAUACAACUGUACGAAUAUGGGAUCUAAACACUGAAACGCCGCAGUUUACAUUAUCCGGUCAUAAGAAUUGGGUUUUAUGCAUUGCAUGGUCACCAGAUGGCAAAGUUCUCGCAUCUGGUAGUAUGGAUAAGACUGUUCGUCUUUGGGAUCCGUCUACAGGAGCAGCGCUAGGAGAUUCACUGUUUGGGCAUACUAAAUGGAUUACUUGUCUCGUGUGGGAACCAAUUCACUUGAAUCCAAGUUGUGCUCGUUUAGCGUCAUCCUCAAAAGAUGGCACGAUUCGUAUAUGGAAUACCAAGUUGAGAAGAACAAUACUGUCAAUGUCACAGCAUACUGCCGCGGUGACGUGUAUUAAAUGGGGCGGAGAUGGACUAUUGUAUUCGUCAAGUCAGGAUAAGACAAUCAAAGUCUGGGAUACUAAAGAGGGGAAACUUGUGAGGACUUUGGAGGGUCAUGGACAUUGGGUAAACACUAUGGCACUUAGUACAGAUUUCGUACUAAGAACAGGCGCCUAUGACCAUACUAAUAGAGUACCCAAAGAUGAACAAGAAGCUCAGGAAUGGGCUUUGAAACGAUACCAAGAAGCCAAAGGCACAAAGCCCGAGCGAUUAGUAUCUGGCUCUGAUGAUUUCACCAUGUUUUUUUGGGAGCCAUCGACCAGUAAGAAACCUAUCGCACGGCUUACCGGACAUCAAAAACUUGUUAAUCACGUCAGUUUUUCACCGGAUGGGCGACUAAUUGCCAGUGCAGGUUUCGAUAAUUCUGUCAAAUUAUGGGAUGGAUAUUCUGGAAAAUUUAUAACUUCAUUACGGGGUCAUGUUGGUCCUGUGUAUCAAGUUUGUUGGUCGUCAGACAGUAGAAUGCUCAUAAGUGCAAGCAAAGAUAGCACAUUGAAAAUCUGGGAUGUAAGAACAAGGAAAAUGAAGUUUGAAUUACCUGGACAUUUGGAUGAGGUGUUUAGUGUUGAUUGGAGUCCAAGUGGCGAUAAGGUUGCAAGUGGUGGGAAAGAUAGGCAAUUAAAAUU